AGGAAUCUUGUAAGUGCAAUGGCUGGAAAAACCCCAAUCCUCCUCCUACUCCUCCUCGGGCAGACCUGCAGCAGGCAGUCGUCAGCCUCACCGAGCCGUGUCGCAGCUGUAGCCACGCGCUAGCUGCUCAUGUCUCUCACCUGGAGAAUGUGUCUGAAGAGGAGAUGAACAGGCUCCUAGGGAUUGUGCUGGAUGUGGAGUAUCUCUUCACCUGUGUCCACAAGGAAGAAGAUGCAGACACUAAGCAAGUUUAUUUCUACCUAUUCAAACUUUUGAGGAAGUGCAUUUUACAGAUGGGAAAACCUAUUGUAGAAGGAUCUUUGGAAAGUCCUCCAUUUGAGAAACCUAGCAUUGAACAGGGUGUGAAUAAUUUCGUGCAGUACAAAUUCAGCCAUUUGCCCUCAAAGGAAAGGCAAACAAUAGUUGAGCUGGCUAAAAUGUUUCUGAAUCGCAUUAACUACUGGCACUUGGAGACUCCUUCUCAGCGAAGACUAAGAUCACCCAAUGAUGAUAUUGCUGAGUAUAAAGUGAAUUAUACCAGGUGGCUUUGUUACUGCAAUGUCCCUCAGUUCUGUGACAGUCUACCUCGGUAUGAAACCACGCAGGUGUUUGGUAGGACAUUGCUCCGCUCUGUUUUUACUGUAAUGAGACGGCAGCUACUGGAGCAGGCUAGGCAAGAGAAGGACAAACUUCCUCAAGAGAAACGAACACUAAUCCUCACCCAUUUUCCAAAGUUUCUGUCCAUGUUGGAAGAAGAAGUAUACAGCCAGAAUUCUCCCAUUUGGGAUCAAGAUUUCAUGGUGUCUACUUCCCGCACCGGCCAGAUGGGAAUACAGACAGUCAUUAGUCCUCCUCCUGUUGCAAGAUCUGUUUCAUACAGUGCAAGCCCUUCAUCUCUGGAGCAACCCAACAGUGGAAAUAUGAGUCCAGCUUGCAAAGUUUCUUCUGUCCUUGAUCCAAACCUAGGAGAAAAGAGGAAAAAUAAUGAACCUUAUUCUGUGGAGGAUGCUAAGAGGCCAAGGGUUGUAGGAGAUAUUCCUAUUGAAUUAAUCAAUGAAGUAAUGUCAACAAUUACAGAUCCUGCUGCAAUGCUCGGGCCAGAGACCAACUUCCUUUCAGCGCAUUCAGCCCGAGAUGAAGCAGCCAGGUUGGAGGAGCGACGGGGAGUGAUUGAGUUCCAUGUGGUGGGAAAUUCUCUSAACCAGAAGCCAAACAAAAAGAUCAUGAUGUGGCUGGUUGGUUUACAGAAUGUGUUCUCCCAUCAGCURCCCAGGAUGCCAAAGGAGUACAUCACACGCUUGGUCUUUGAUCCGAAACACAAGACCCUUGCAUUAAUAAAAGAUGGUCGUGUUAUUGGUGGCAUCUGCUUUCGGAUGUUCCCCUCUCAAGGAUUUACAGAGAUUGUUUUCUGUGCUGUGACUUCAAAUGAGCAAGUCAAGGGUUAUGGAACUCACCUAAUGAAUCACCUGAAAGAAUACCACAUUAAGCACAACAUUCUCAACUUCCUCACAUAUGCGGAUGAAUAUGCUAUUGGCUACUUCAAAAAACAAGGUUUCUCCAAAGAUAUUAAAGUACCAAAAGCAAAAUAUGUUGGCUAUAUCAAAGAUUAUGAAGGUGCCACGUUAAUGGGAUGUGAAUUAAAUCCAAGGAUUCCCUACACAGAGUUUUCUGUCAUCAUUAAAAAGCAAAAAGAGAUAAUUAAGAAGCUGAUAGAAAGGAAACAAGCUCAGAUUCGAAAAGUCUACCCUGGCCUUUCUUGCUUCAAAGAUGGUGUACGACAAAUUCCGAUAGAAAGCAUUCCUGGAAUUAGAGAGACUGGCUGGAAACCAAGUGGAAAAGAGAGAGGUAAAGAGCCCAAGGAUCCAGAUCAGCUUUACAGCACAUUAAAAACCAUACUGCAGCAGGUGAAGAGCCAUCAAAGCGCUUGGCCCUUCAUGGAACCUGUGAAGAGAACAGAAGCUCCUGGAUAUUAUGAAGUUAUAAGGUUUCCCAUGGAUCUCAAAACAAUGAGUGAACGACUCAAGAAUAGGUACUACGUGUCUAAGAAAUUAUUCAUGGCAGACUUGCAGCGAGUCUUUACAAAUUGCAGAGAGUACAACCCCCCCGAGAGUGAAUACUACAAAUGUGCCAAUAUACUGGAGAAAUUCUUCUACACAAAAAUUAAAGAAGCUGGAUUAAUUGACAAGUGACACUUUGUCUUUUUUUUACAACCAAUCAGUGUGCCUCCCACAUGGGCAAGGGAAGCCGUUACAUUUUGGAGCUGUUGGGACUUCAAGUUUUCAAGAAACUUCUGUUUAAUAAUUAGCACUUUUAAAAACCCUUUUUAGUUUUGCAAACCUGUAUUAUAUUAAAAUUAGAAAGAUUAUUUUAUUAAAAUGCUUUAUAAUGUAUUUAAAAUCAACAAAGAUUUCUUUGUGUGCCCAUUAUAAUAUAUUCAUAAUUUUAUCAGCUACAGCCUCAAAACAUGUGGGAAAUUGCACAUGUUUGGGAAUAUGAAGAAAAUUCCUAGACAAUGAAUGUGAAGGUUUUAGCUUACARUCUCUGUUUGAAAAAAAUAAUAUUUUUUUCUAGUUAAAAGAAAAAUCAGGGCAAAUAAGUUCAGAUUACGGUCUGAAACAUUUGUUUCAUUAUGGAUUUUGUGUUUUUUUAGUAAGAUAWUAUUUUUUAAAAGAAGCAGCUGUGAGAGAAAAGCAGCCACUUCUGAGAAAGAACUGCUGGAAACUUUGAUAGAUGCAAAUUUGUCUAUUGAUYUGAGAUUUUGAGAAGUAUUUUACCUGCAAAUUCCAAUCUCAUAACCACUAAUGAAAUAAACAUUUGGUUAGAUGGGUAAUGKCUUAGUGACUUGGCUUAUGCAGGACAUAAGUACCCAAAAUAACUUCAGAAAAUCUGGUUGGUAUACACUAGGCUUAAUUUUAAUUGGCUUAGUAGGGAUAAGGUUUCGAUACACUUCAUGAUUCACAUCAUUUCCUACUCUCAACUGAUAAAUUCUUUAGAUUGUGGAAGUAGAGAUAAGAUGACUGUGCACAAAACUAGUCAGUAUAUGACAGCUUCUAGCUUAUAUAUUUCCCUCUGUGGUAAACUGGAUUUUCUACCAAGCUUUAUUGUAAAUACUUAUUAACUGUGAUUAUUUAGAUCCAGGAGCAUAUUAACA